ACGAAGGCGCAGGAAGCCCCCAGGGCCACUGCCGGGCAUGCGCGACGCCCCAGGAACAUGGCGGAGGCGGCAGCAAGAGCGUGAAUCUUGGUGGUGGUGGCGGCGGCACCGCGAGCCGAGCCCCCUGCGUGCUACGAGACCGGGGCUCCCUCGUGUUCGGAAACAAUUCUACUGAAACAGAAGAGUGAACUUUUCAGGCAACAUUUGUAUUUUUAUUGUGACAGGGAGGACCAGACUUUUAACCAUGGGGAAAACAGAAUAUUUUAACUGGGACAACUACUUGAAAGAAACUGGGUCUGUAGCUGCCCCUUCACAGUGUUUCAGACAGUCUAAGAUUCCCCCUAGCAAUGAUUUCAAAGUGGGUAUGAAGUUGGAAGCUCAUGACCCCCGGAAUGUUACUUCUGUGUGUAUAGCUACAGUUAUUGGAAUCUCAGGUACUAGAUUAAGGCUGCGUCUUGAUGGAAGUGACAAUAAAAAUGAUUUCUGGAGGCUAGUGGAUUCCUCUGAUAUACAGCAAAUUGGAACGUGUGAAAAGAAAGGAGGAAUGCUUCAACCUCCUUUGGGAUUCCAGAUGAAUGCAUCCUCUUGGCCAAUGUUCCUCCUAAGAACCCUAAACGGAGCUGAAAUGGCACCUGCUAUAUUGUUUAAGAAGGAACCUCCAAAGCCUUCUCAAAAUCUUUUAAAGAUUGGAAUGAAGCUAGAAGCAAUAGACAGAAAAAAUCCUUAUUUAAUAUGUCCUGCAACUAUUGGAGAUGUAAGAGGAGAUGAAGUUUUUAUAACCUUUGAUGGUUGGCGUGGAGCAUUUGACUAUUGGUGUAAAUAUGAUUCUCGAGAUAUUUUUCCAGUUGGAUGGUGUGAUUUAACAGGGGAUGCACUACAGCCACCAGGAAAAAGUGUUUCUAGCACAAAGAAUAAUAUCAAAGCACAGACCUCUCCUUCCAAAGGAACUCGGAGCUCAAUGCAGUCUCCCCCGAAAUCAGCUUCACCUGUUCCAACUGCCAAAGGCAGGAAACUCACUCCGGCAAAACCACUGACUCCAUCCACCGCCCUUAGGAAAGUCCAGUCUCCUAAAAAUAUUCCAGUAGUCAAAAACAUUUCUCACAAAGAAAACCUCAAAAAAAGGAAACAUGACUUAAAACCAGGAAGAAAAAAAAAAACCAUAGCAAUGCAACCUCUUGUCUUUUCUCCUAUUUCUGCAAAAGCCGACAAUAGCAGCCUCCCGAUAUACAGAGAGGCACCUGCUAUCACUGGAACAUCAGCUGUUAUUUCAACAGUUUGUGUCUAUGUUAACAAGCACGGAAAUUCUGGGCCUCAUCUUGAUAAAAAGAAAAUUCAGCAGCUUCCUGAUCACUUUGGACCAGGUCCUGUGAAUGUAGUACUUCAGCAGGCUGUCCAAGCUUGUGUAGAUUGUGCCUAUCAAUCAAAAAUUGUCUUUGGAUUCCUCAGGGUCGGGCAUCAUGCUGGAGAGAUCAUUACUGCCUCUUUUGAUGAGGAGAAACAUGCCAUCAAUCUUCCUUCUGUGAAUAGUGCAUCUUUUGUUCUUCGCUUCUUGGAGAAACUCUGCCACAGCCUACAGUGUGAUAAUCUUUUCAGUAGCCAGCCCUUUAGUCCUUACAUUGGAAAUGCACAUAGUCCCAUCGAACAUGAUAGAAACAAGUCAGCAAAAGAACAAAUAUCAGACAGUAGAAGUGCAAAGCGGUAUUCUCAGGAUUCAUCCCCCUAUCCUGUCCCCAUGUCUCCUAAGCUUCUAAGAACUGAAGCUCACCCAUCUGAAGCAGAAACCCUGCCAAAGGAAGAAACAUCUAAAGAGCACAGCUUUGCUGAGAAUUCAAUGGAUUCUGCGCUUAAUUCAGUCACCCUGUCAAGUUCUAACAAUCAGAAUUCCAGUGAAUAUUGUACCUCAGGGAACACAGCCUAUUUUAGACAUUCUCUUCCUUCAGUAUCUGCUGCCUCAAACACAGCACCAAAUCUACAGAAAUUAUCAAGUGCUACUGGGAACAAAAGUUAUUGUGAAGUUGCCAGAAAGAGAUUGCAACAGAGGAUCGAAGCUGCAAGUUCUAAAACAGGACCUGAACUCAGUGCACUAAAACAGGAAUCUUCACAUCUCUUCAGCAAAGAACCUUCAACAUGGUCAGUUGAUGAAGUAAUGCGAUUUGUAAAAGAAGCAGAUCCCCAGGCAUUAGCACCCCAUGCCGAACUCUUCAGGAGACAUGAAAUUGAUGGGAAGGCUCUUCUGUUACUGAGGAGUGAUAUGAUAAUGAAGUAUAUGGGUCUGAAACUGGGCCCAGCAUUAAAACUAUGCUAUCAUAUAGAAAGACUUAAGCAAGGAAAGUUCUAGGCAGCGAAUGCACAGUGAUAGUGUUGCAUUUUAAAUAGACAACCAGUCAGGUUCCAAAAGAAAACAAUAGGGCUGAAACUUUGCCUGAUCGAAUGGAUCAAAAAAAUCUCACUCAGCUCACAAAGAAAUUUCCAUCAUAUUGUUUCUACUAGUCUAAUCAGAAAGAAAUAUCGUAAAUCAACAUUGUUUUACAGAUACUUCUUAAAUAUGGGAGUUAAUGUUAAAAAAUUUGCAUUGUAUUUAAUAACUUUUUAAAAUAUGCAGGGAGGAAGUAGUGCUAAGAGUAUUUAUGUGAGAAGCUGCAAAAUACAUAUUCACCUCUUCAGCUUCAGCUGAUGUAUUUUCAUUCAGAACCAAAACAGCUGAAUUCCAAAGGAUUUUUAUGUUUUUUGGUUUUUUUUUAAUCAAAUGUGGAGGGGGCUUUUUGUUGAAAAAAUGGCUGAAUUUCUAUGCUGGAGUAAGGGAAGUAUUAUUUUUAAUUGAUUAUUUCUUUAAUUAAUAUCACAUACAUAUCAUGUGAAGUAAAUUUCCCUUAAAAAUAGCCAUAUACUUGUAUUAUAAGUUUAUAUUGUGUGCAAAAAACAAAUAGCCUCUUUAUUUUUAAGAAUUUACAUUAUGAAAAUGCAUUUUUACAACAUGUUGACAAUUUAAGCAGAAAAUUUCUUUUUUAAGAAGGAACUUCUUAAGGCUGAUUUGAGCAGACAACUCCCAAGUGAGCAAAUAACUUUCAGUUUGCUUACAACGAUAUAACAAACAUUGUAUUGAAACAUUCCAUCUAGCAUAAACAUAUGUUCAUGCACUUGUAUAUUUAUGUGUGUGGGUUCAUGCGUGUGUGUGUGUGCGUGUGUAUAAAUAUAUAUUUUGUACAUAGUGUUCAAGUUUUUUUAAAGUCUGUUUUAAAGGUAUUUUUGCACUGUGGCAGAUGAUAAACUUCAGUUAGUGGUUCAUUUUAAAUCAUAAACAAAAUAUGCAUUAUACAUUUUAUCCCUAGUUUAUGGGUGUUGAUAUAUCAUCAAGUUGUGUCCUAAGACCAAUCACAUUUGUUCCAGUAGAACAUAGGGUUGAGAUUCCCUGGUGGGGACCUGAUGAAGUAUGGAUGAUAAUUGCCUAAACAGAUUUCCUUUUGCAUUCUAAAAUAUGAUUUUAUGCUACCAGGAAGGAACACAAUGAAACCCACCAUCUUGUGUAGGAUCCAGAAGGAUUUCAGCAUGUCUAGAGUUUCUAAUUAAAGGCAAAACGUUACCUUUUGUCACCUUUCAUUGCAUGUGAAUGGUGUUUGCUGGAUGUAUGUGUCCUCAUUCUUUUCUUUAAUGCCUGUCUGGUUUGUUUCUUAUUUCAUGGAGGGAGAUGGAGAGAAGGGGAAGGGAGAAGAAGACAUAAUUGAUGGACAGAUUCAUACAGGGCAACUUGGGGCACUAUGCAAUAUUCCUGAAUUCUCAUGUUGCGCUGAGCCAUUUGAUUCUGGGAAAAUAUCUGGAAAAGAAUGGGAUGAUGGGGGAGAGGUGAUGUUGAAUGUCUUUUUUUACUUUGCCUCUCUAACGUCUUUCAGAUAUAAAAAAAGUCAAUGACUUCUUUUAACAAAGAAAUUAAAUUACAAUGGAUGUAUAAUUCAUCCAGAUCUUGGUGUUGUAUCUGUAAUUUACAAAAAGUGCUGAUAAUAAAAUACUUUGCCAUCACUGCCAAUAUAAUAUCAGGGACAAUUUAUGUACUUUUGUUGAAUAGAGGAUCAGGCGUUUUUGUCCAAGUGUUGCUGGAAAAGAUAUAGUCCUGAAAGGAAUGUAGUUUUUAUAUUUCUUACUGCCUUUUUAUAUAGAAAAAACUUCUAGUUAAAAUACACAUUUGUUGUUUAAAAAUACUUUGUUUAUUGUGUAUUAGUGUAUUUAUUAAUAAUACACUAAUUAUUCAGGU